GCGCAAUAUAACCAUAGGUCAGUCAGAGUGACCUCAAUAAUGCACUUUACACAUGAUUAGCACUUGUCCUUGCAGCUGCAGCCAACAAUUAAGAUUGCAAUUGUAGAUACGCGUGAUACGAUACGCAUAAGACACAGGAAUACCCCGCCAUUCAUCACUACGCAGCGGCCGAGGGGGCAUCCCUAACCACCCGUGCCACCCUAACCCUCCGCCCUCACCACUGCCUCUACCCAACGACGUUCUUCUUCUGUUUCCCCACAUCGUCGGCAUCAUUUAUUUAUCUUUCCUGCCUCAUCUGACCACUGCCCGUGAGGCCCCAGCUCAGUCUGUUGACCUAUCCUUCAACAUACCACACGGCUGAUCCUGUCGCCAUGGCCGCACCUGGGAGGGAUCCUCCUGUUGGUUCCCCCCCUUCGAACGCUGUUUCCUCUCGCUCUAGCUUCGACUCACAAUCACCAUCCUCCCGACCACAAAGCCUACGAAUUCCCUCUAUGCCUAGCGCCGCUGCUCAACAUCGACAGAGCUUCAAUGAACUCAGAGGGCAUCCCCCUUCUCCAAGAUCCCAAAGACAACCCUCAAUGUCUCAAUUGGCUGUUCAAGAUUUGAUCGAUAACCCUCCAGUACGGGCAAAUCCAGACCCAAAGUUCGCGGGCAGAGAUUGGCAAACGGUCAAGGUCAAUGAGUUGACAAACCCCGAAGAUCUAAGAUUUGUUGACAUUGACACUGGUGUUGAGGCUGCUACCAAGCUCCUGAUCGAAUCCGGCGCCCCGGUUGUCCUCAUACGAGAACGCGAAGGUUCGCCAGUCAUCGGCACAUUCGAUGCCAGAGACCUCAAUGCCUACCUACUCCUUGUCGUUGGCCUUUCCCAUCCUGACGACGAACAUGCGCACGAUUUUCUUGAACUCGCUAAACGGGCACGGGAGGGCAAACCAAUUCCCCUUCGAGAAAUCCAAGACUUGAGCAAGAAGGAGCCCUUGACGUUCCUGGACGAAGAUGCCGACUUGGUCAAAGCCAUUGAGACUUUCGGCAAAGGAGUCCAUCGUGCUGUCGUUAGAAAUCCUGAAACCCAACAAGUUACUGGUGUGCUCAGUCAGACUCGCCUCAUCCGUUUCCUGUGGGAAAACGGUAGAAGCUUCCCGGUGUUGGAUCAACUCUACAGCCAGCAUUUGAGAGAUCUCAAAAUCGGGUCAAAUAAUGUCAUCUCUAUCAAUGGUGAUCGUCCACUCGCCGAAGCCCUAACCCUUCUUCUGAAUGAAGGCGUCUCCUCCUUGGCUGUGGUAGACCACAACCACAACGUCGUGGGCAAUAUCUCGAAUGUGGAUGUCAAACUCUUGACAAAGUCCUCGUCUCUCCCUCUCCUCCGAAACACCUGUAUCCACUUCAUCACCGUCAUCCUUUCCACCCGAGGCAUGUACGAAGGAAAGGAUUCCUUCCCCGUGUUCCACGUCACUCCGCUCUCGACGCUUGCCCACACGGUCGCCAAACUCGUCGCCACAAAAUCCCACCGUAUGUGGAUUACCGAGCCAGUCUCCCCCGUUUCUUCUGGCCCUCCCACCCCAUCUCUCCACACGGCAACCCUCGCCCCUACGUCGAGCCACUCGUCGGCCAUCUCAAGCGGCAGCGGCCAACAUCCUGCGGGUGCUCCAUACGCCACUUCGGCACCACCAGCACCCGAUCCAUUCUCGCACAGUGUGGUCGACACUUCACAUAAAGCCCCAAUGAUUUCCCCGUCAGGGCCAUCCAUUUCCGCCUCAGCCCUUCCCGGAGCUCGCAUCUCUGGCCGCCUCGUCGGAGUGGUGAGUCUGACAGAUAUUCUCAUCCUUCUCGCCCGGGCUGGAGGCUUAUCCAACAUCGAUCCGGCCGAGCUACGCAAUCGAAGACGGAGAAGCAGUUCGAGUAGUAUGCGACGAAGCUUCGACCUAACACAACGUCCUUCAGCCAGUCAGCUGGCAAACAGUGCCGAACUGAACCGGAAGCCGAGCCAGUCGGGCAGCUUGCGCGAGAAAUAGAACGAGGUAGCUGCCAGUUGGCCAUCGGUAAAAAACAAACAAAUCAGCAGAUUCCCUCAGCCAUGGAUGGGUACACUGGUUUCACUUUGUCGAGCCCGAUUUUCUGGUCGGUUCAACGUUUUGGCGGAUUGAAACGUAUUGCGUCGCGGCAGCGGCAUUGUCAAGUGAGACAGGGUCCCAGAUACAUUUCUUUGGUCGCCGAGUUUUGUUCCAGCGGUGUCGUACUGUGUCAAACCACCAUGCGGAGAAUCACCCAAGGGUGCGGAACUUGAUGGGAGGCUUGACAUCUUGAUGGCUUAGCCAUUCUCCUCGUCCGCUUUCUUCUCUCUCCUUUCACUCUACGGCCGACUCUUUGGGGAUUGCGUUCUGGGUAUGGAGUACCAAGACACAGGUGUGCAUGGGUACAAAAUGCAGCCACCAAAGUCCUAUCGCGCAGGAUAUGGCUGGUGGUAUGGAUAAGGUGAUUCCAAAUUCUGGGACAGGGUAGAAAGGCACGUAUUAGAAUAAGAUCUAUUUAGUGAUAAGCUUCUUUUUUGGUUUGACUCGUGGUGAGAGAUGACAUUUGCCCUCAUGAAUACAUACUAUGAAUUAGAAUUAGG